GUCAUCCACGCAGCUCAGGUGCCAGUGGUUCAGGAAGCCUUCUCUCCCAGUGAGGAGAGGGUGCAGUGGGCCUCACGUCUCAUUUCAGCAUUCAACCACCACCAACACCCUGGACAUGGGGCAUUUGUGUACGAAGGUCACAUGAUUGACAGACCGCUGCUACUGCAGGCCCAGAACAUUCUUAGUCUCCAU